UUUGGAACUCAACAAUGGCUGCAAAACUCCUUAGCUUUUUGUUUUUCAGUUUCCAUUUUCUUGUUUUUCAGCUUCACUUCUCCGCCGGUCAGGAUGUUGUUAGGGCUGCUUAUUGGUCGGCAGGCAGUGAAUUUCCCGUUUCCGAUAUAGACUCCACGCUUUUCACUCACCUUUUCUGCGCAUUUGCUGAUCUUGAUUCUCAAACCAACCAAGUCACGGUUUCCUCGGCAAACCAGGCCCGAUUCUCCACCUUCACUGAGACUGUCCAACUGAAAAAUCCUUACAUUAAAACACUCCUUUCAAUCGGUGGGGGAAGUUCAUCGGCAUCAGAUUUCGCUUCCAUGGCUAGCCAAGCUAAUACCCGGAAAUCAUUCAUCGAUUCCUCCAUAAAUAUAGCUAGAUCUUACGGCUUCCAUGGCCUUGACCUUGAUUGGGAGUACCCAUCAACACCUACUGAAAUGAACAACUUGGGUUUACUUCUAAACGAAUGGAGAGUUGCUUUGGUUAAUGAAGCCGCCAAUACUGGCAACUCAAGAUUACUUUUGUCGGCAGCAUUUUUCCGCAACUCGGAUUAUUAUACUCUGGAUUAUCCAAUCCAGGCAAUACAGAAUAGCCUGGACUGGAUCAACGUAAUGGCUUAUGAUUUUUACGGCCCUGGAUGGUCAACUGUAACCGGACCUCCAGCAGCGUUAUACAAUCCCGGAACUCAAGUUAGUGGUGAUUAUGGGAUCACUUCAUGGAUACAAUCAGGUAUUCCAUCGAAUAAAUUAGUUCUCGGCUUCCCUUUUUACGGCUAUGCAUGGCAGCUUGUGGAUGCAAAUAACCAUGGGUUUUUUGCACCGACUAGUGGACCGGCUAUAACGCCAAAUGGAGACUUGGGUUACGGUCAGAUCAAGGAUUUUAUUUCGGCCAACAGCGCCACUGAGGUAUACAAUGCGACGGUGGUUUCGAAUUAUUGCUACGCUGGGACGACCUGGAUUGGUUUUGAUGAUACAGAAAGCAUUACAGCCAAGGUUUCUUAUUGUAAACAAAAAGGGUUGCUUGGUUACUUCGCAUGGCAUGUUGGCGCUGAUGAUGGUUGGACUCUUUCUCGAGCAGCAUCGGAAACUUGGGGAUCGUAGAUGCCAAUUGCGAGUAACUAAGAUAUUUAUACAGUUAUACUAUUACAAGUCACGAAAUAAUAUGAUCCUUGUCAAUAAGAAUGAUGGUGACUUAUUUAAUAAAUAUAGUUGACAAGCUUAAUCUCCUUUUAUGAUUUUCA